AUGUUUGACGACCGGUUCAACGGCCAGACCAGCGACUCGUUUGGCGCCGAGUACUCCAUGACAUUCGCCGCACCGGUUAAUGGCACGGCUGUUGAAGGGGCCGGCAGUAGUCGGCUGUAUAUCACGGCACUCGUGAAGAGUGACGGCACGGCCGCCGCUACCGUCAAAUGGGUCCGCUUUGACAGCAGUGGUUACCAACUCUCGCACAACAGCGACACUCAGUACAAGACGUCGUCAAUUGUCUUCGGCGACGACUUUCAGCCGACACUAACGGUCAAUAUGUAUCUACAAGUGCUGAAAGAUGGGGCGGCCAGCGAUUCCGGGGGCGCCACCGCCGCCGCACUGUACGACACGUAUGAGUCGGUGUGUUUCGGCCAACAGUCGGAGCCGGCGGACCAUCAGUACGCCAAGACUUACCGGUGCUAUCGAUUUACGGACAGCGCAGGCGAUGGUUCACAACUCGUCGCCGAAGACUAUACCCAGAAAGCCAUCGAAGGUCUGGAGCGUGAGAUGAAUGGCCAGAACAUAGCGUACGACUCGAGUGCCGGCGACUCUGUCCUCAGGACACUCAACAGCGAUCACAAGACAAUCGGUGUCUUUCGGUUCAAGCGAUUCAAUUGGCAUUCAGAUAAUGAGACCAUUUAUAUGUUUUUCUAUCUCAAAGAUCGGAUCAUCUCUUACUGUCCGACGCGAAGGAAUCUGUUUAUCAAAGAAUGUCCGUAUAGAGACUUCAAAGUACUCGUCAAUUGCAGCGAUUAUACACCAAUAGUGACCACAACUGCAGCCACAACCACCACAACCAUCGCCGACACUCAGCCCAUAACUCGUGCCAACACUACCACAACAACCGACACCAAUACAGAUACCAAUACAACCGCUGCCGGAGGGGGAGCGCCGGUAGUAGGGGCUGAACAGUCGCCACAACCGUCACAACCAUCAGGACCGGUGAAGACAACGCCAAAGUCUGCGGCGGCGGUGAUUACCGGUGGUAUUCACGUGGGAGACGGCGAUACGAGCACAACACCGGUGCCAUCGGCUGAUGAUAUGAAGGGCGCAGACGUGACAAUUGGUAUUGUAGUGAUCGGUCUGUUGGCGGUGUUGGCUAUAUCUGUGGUAUUGUCGGUGGUGUUCGGCGCCAAAUACUGUGCACAUCACGAACAGUCUGUGUCCGGCCGGUCGGCCACUACUGGCGGUAAAGUUGCUAAAAGCGAUGACGUUAUCAUCAAACCCAGUGCUCCGACAGCGGCUACUGAUGGCAAACCCAGUGGUGAUAAUAUCGGUGACGCGGAUGAGCACAAGAGUGGGCAACUCAGCGAUGAACAGAUCCCCAGCCGAUCGCCGGCCACUACUAGUCGCCAAGCGAUGGCUCCCAUUGUAAAAGUCGAGUGA